AUGUCGACCAUAGAGGAGUAUGACUGCAUAGUAAUCGGGGCCGGGGUCCAGGGCUCCUUCACGGCCUGUCAGCUGGCAAAACAGAGCCGGAAGACUCUGCUGCUGGAGCAGUUCGUCCUGCCCCACACCCGAGGGAGCUCCCAUGGCCAGACCCGCAUCAUCCGAAAGGCCUAUAUGCAGGACUUCUACACCCACAUGAUGGAGGAGUGCUACGAGCUGUGGGCCCAGCUGGAGCGGGAGGCGGGUAUCAAACUGUUCAGACAAACAGGGCUCCUAGUGAUGGGACCAGAGAACAGUGAGAGUUACCAGCUGAUUAAGAACACCCUGCAGAAAAACAAGGUUCCUAUGGCGAUCCUGAACCAUGACAACUUCUGCCAGCACAUCCCCAAUGUCAACCUGGCUGUUGGAAAUGGUGCGGUGGUGGACUUAACCGCUGGAGUUCUGUAUGCUGACCGUGCACUCAAGACUGUACAGGGGCAGUUUCAGAAGUUGGGUGGGGUCAUUCGAGACAAAGAGAAGGUUAUUGACAUCAAGCCUGGCCCUGUUGUGACAGUGUCAACCUCUGCUGGUGUUUAUCGAGCCAAUAGAGUGGUGAUCACCGCUGGACCUUGGGCUAAUAGACUGCUGGCCCACACUGGCUUACAGCUGCCACUCGAGGUGGUGAAGAUCAACGUGUGCUACUGGAAAGAGAAAGUUCCAGGAUCUUACGACGUGAAGAAGCGCUUUCCGUGCUUCUUGCUGACUGAGGGCGAGGAGACCAAAGAUCACAUCUACGGCCUCCCAUCCAACGAGUACCCGGGCCUAAUGAAGAUAUGCUACCACAUGGGCAGUGAAACAGACCCAGACCAGAGAGACAAGCAGACAGACAGGUCUGAUAUUGACAUCCUCAAGCGCUUCAUUGCCCGCUGUUUUCCUGGCCUGGUCCCUGAACCUGCUGUAGUGGAGAGCUGCCUGUACACGCUAACGCCUGACGAUCAUUUUGUGCUGGACUGUCAUCCCUCCUACAGCAAUAUUGUGAUUGGAGCAGGAUUCUCAGGUCACGGCUUCAAGUUUGGACCAAUCAUUGGCAAGCUCCUGUGUGAACUCAGCCUGGGAGAAGUGCCCUCCUAUGACCUUUCACCAUUUCGAAUCAGACGCUUCCAGGAUAAGACCAAAUCAGCUUUAUAGAGCUGGGGCUUGAUACUCAGAGCAUCAACAGAUCACCAGGAAGUCUUAUCUAAUUGUGGCUGUAGUAUGAUUUGAGAUUGUCAUGGUAAUUUAGCCUUUUGUUGUAAAACACAAUCAUUAAAUCAUAUAGGUCUAUGUUUUGUCUGCUGCUUUAUUUGAUGUACCGUAUUUUCCGCACUAUAAGGCGCACUUAAAAGCCUUUAAUUUUCUCAAAAAACGACAGUGCGCCUUAUAAUCCGGAGCGCCUUAUAUAUGGAUUAAUUCUGGUUGUGCUUACUGACCGCGAAGCGAUUUUGUGUGGUACACGGCGCUCUGUCAACAUGUUUUAGUACGACUUUGGUAAACUACAAAGCCGCACCGCAGCAGCAUCACGGCUACCGUAGUCAGGAGCGCCGCGGAGUAACACAUACUGUGCUUCACCAUAAUAUUACAGUGUGUGUGUAUAAGGACCAACAUGGCUUCUGUCAAGAGACACGCUUACGACGCGGACUUCAAACUCAAGGCUAUCAGUAUUUUAUAUAUUGUAGGAGUGUGGGAAACAAAAGGGCUGAGAAAGGCUUUUUGUGGACGGAGUAAAUAAACGUCGGCUUUAUUUCACACUCUGCAUUCGCUCUGAAAACACAACACGCGCUCCCCCGUCCCACAUCAUUAACUCAUCAACCCGCUAACGGUCAUGGGUAAUGUAGUUUGACUGACUGACAGUUUUGUUUCGCUUAAUGCGCCUUAUAGUCCGGUGCGCCUUAUAUAUGAAAAAAGAUUGAAAAUAGACCAUUCAUUGACAGUGCGCCUUAUAAUCCAGUGCGCCCUAUAGUGCGGAAAAUACGGUAGUCAAUGUGUGUUUCCAGUUUCACAUGGUGUAAUCAGCUGUGUAGCACUCAUGCUUCAUAAAAGUCAGUAUAUGUACAUGCAGUUACAUCCCAGCAGUAGAGUCCGCUCUUUGCAAGGAUCUGAUUUCUUAAAUUUGGGAACAGGUUGAUUUGCUCUCUAGUUCCUAUAUACUUCAUGUAAAGCUACAGCCAGGAGGUGAUUAGCUUGGCUUCGUUUAGCAUAAAGACUGGAAGCACAGGGAUACAGCGACUAUAGCUUGUCUCUGUCCAAAUUUUUUUUUAAAUCUGCCUAAAAGCCCUUUUAAAUUGUUACUCAUUACGGCGGCUACAGAAAAGUCUACCAGCUUACUGUAAAAGCAACAGGAAGGAAGCAAGUUAGCACCAAGCUGUUAACUCAAAGUGAAGAACGGACCGGAGCAACUGGUUUUCCUUCAAUAUACUCAGCACAGUAAGGACUGCGUCUUUUGACACAGGGUCCAAACUUUAUCCAGCCUGGCUCCUCCACCAGUGAUGCAAUCACCAGCUAACAAAGUGAUCCUUUUCCUCCAUAGACUCAGAAAUGUAACUGGGCCUAGCACAGCACAGAUUCAUAAUAAUUACAUAUGAAGAUGAACUAUAGAAACUGAUUCUGACUUAAUAAAGAAACGUAAAGUUUUUUCUUUGCAAAUGUUUACAUAUUUUCACAAGAAAAAGCUGUGCUAUUUCUACAGAGCCUUCCCUCUCAGUGCAUGAAAAUGUUAUGAAUGAUGAUAUCCUGUGUAAAAUGAUUUUUCAGAGUAACCUGGUUUCCUGUCUUCAUAUACACACGUUGAAUAACUGUGUGAACACAGGUUUGAAGAUGUCACCCUGUCCCCAGAGAGCAGUCUACCUCAGCUGCAUAUGGAGCUACACAGCUGCAUGUCAGACUAGUACAGUACCAGGAACAAACUAAUACUGCCU